AAUGUUUGUUGACUUAUGGUUAAAUUUCUGUUGUGCAAAAAGGCCUAAACAGGAAGCAUAAGAUCAACCUAUAAGCAUAAAGGAGGAUUCUAAUAAACCAGUACUCGAUACAGGCUAAGGAUAUUAACCAUCUCCUGUUGAACAAAAAGCUCUGCAGUCUACAUCUUAGGAAUUAAGGCAAAAGUUAUAGGAAGCCUAGGAGAAGCGGUAGCAAUAGUAGUAAUCACAAUAAUAGAAUCAAUUUCAGAAUAUGAUAAAUAAAGGGGCAGUAAAAACAUCAAUUGAGAUGGAAGGUAUGUUGACAAUUAUUAUUAAGAGUGGAACCUGUGGAAGGGUUUCUUUCAUUAUCUGAUAAUAAAUCUAAUAAGAUGGCUAGCUGGGAAGCAUUGGAACUAUCAAGAUAAAAUGAUAUUUUUAAUUAACUAGCUCAGUUCUCUAUGUUAGCAAAAUCAAUUUCCUCUAAUAAUGGUCCUUAUUAAGGUAGUAAUCCAGGUAGUUAACCAACAUCUGAUUAAUAAAUAAUGUCUGGACAAUACCCAUAGUAAGAUAUAAUUUAGAAAACAUUAGGUAAAAUAAUGUUGCUUAAACUUCAUAAUUAGAUGUAAUAGACGAAUACCCAAAAAAAUAAAUGAUAAAGUAAGAAAAUUAUAUAAAGAUAUCUUUAGAUCAUAAAGCUAAUUAUCAUUAGAAACAGGAAAAAUUGAGAAAAAAAGAAUUCAAAAAGAUAAAAAGCAAUAAAAAUAAGUUAAUGAUAAAAUUGAGAAAAAAGAAGUCAGUUAAGCUAAACUAUGGGAUAAGAAUGAAGAUGCAAUUUUGCGAUAGGCUUACAUAAAUUUUAAUGGAAAUUGGAGGAAAAUAGCAGAACAAUUACCAGGAAGAAAUAUGAAUUAAUGUUCAUAAAGAUGGAGAAGAUUAAAUCCUUAGGAAGUAUAUCUUUUUAUUUAUCAUAAGAAUAAUAAAAAGAAAUGGACUUUAGAAGAAGAUAAAAAUAUAUCCUUUUUAGUAUAACAAUAUGAUAAGAAUUGGGCAGAAAUAGCAAAACAUAUACCAGGUAAAAGUGGAAAGCAAAUAAGGGAAAGAUAUCUAAAUGUAUUAGAUCCUUCAAUUAAUACAUCUCCUUGGACUAAAUAAGAAGAUGAGAUAAUAUUGAAGGUUUACAAAGAGUAUGGUGCUAAGUGGAGUGUAGCUUCAAAAUAAUUGAAGGGAAGACCAGUAAACAUAAUUUUAAUUUAUUAGGAAAAUGCAGUAAAAAAUAGAUUUUAUUCUUAUAUAAGAAGAGUCUUUUUGGGUUAGUAGAAUCCAUAUUCAGUUGUUUUAAAUAAUGGUGAAAUUAAUGGACAUGAUAAUACAUUGUCAUAAGAUAGUGAAUCCAUUAAAUAAGCUUUAUCAAUGGAUUAAACUCCUUCAGUAAUAAUUUUAAACAUAUUUAGUUUACUGCUUCUUCCUACUUAAGUUCUUUUUUAGAUGAUGAUUAUAUGGAUGAUGAAGAUGAACCAAAAGAAAAAGAAGGUCAGUUUAAAAUUUGAUA